UGCAGGCUUCACAGUUGCACAAUUGGCCGGUGAUCCACCACUUGACAGUGCAGCUCGUCAAGCCAGGUUUUUUCCUCGAGACGUGCUGACAGACAUCAAGGAUGCAGCCAGAAAGGCAAUGGUGCAGAUUCCACCAGCAGGAGUCACAGAAAGUCUUUUUACAGAGGUAAAGCAAGGUCCUUCAGAACCCUUUGCUUCAUUCAUCGAUCGUCUCACACAAGCAGUGGACAGGCAAGUCACAGAUGAAACAGUGCAGUCACAUUUGAUCCGGUGUCUUGCAUUUGCAAAUGCCAAUUCAGAAUGCAAGUGUGUCAUCAGUGCGAUACCAGGCCAACCCACCAUGGCAGAAAUUCUAGAGGCAUGCAGCAAGGUGGGGACACCACAGCACGUUGCAGCAAUUUUAGGAGAUCAUGUGGAAAAAGCUGUCAAAGAAGCAUUUGCAAAUUUUCAACAAAGACAGUGUUACAAGUGUGGCAAACCAGGGCAUUUCAAGAAGGACUGCCCACAAGUUACAAACAAUGCAGACUCAUCAGAUCAUUGUCCGGCAUGCGGGAGGAAGAAGCAUCGCCCUGCAAGAAACAAUGUGAGUGGAGGAACUCAGUCGGGAAACUCCAGAAGGAGCGCGAAUCGUCAGCACGCGACGACACAAGUGAUGGCGAUGACUCAAGAGCAGGCUCCGCAAGGGGGACAAUCAUCGGGGAACAGCAUUCUGACACCCUCAGCAGGACAAUUUGUAGGAUCCCCAGCGAUCCAGAGUUACUACCACCAGGGGCGCAAUGCGACUUGGCAACUUCCAAAGUGAUAUGCUUUUUGGAUGACAAUUAUACAGUGAUACCCACGGGUGUCACUGGGUCCUCGUGGAAGAGGCAGGACUUUCUAAUUAUAGGUAAGGACAGAAGCAGUGUUUUGGGACUUGUUAUUUACCCUUCUGUCAUUUCAGCAGAUCACAAUGAUGAGUUGACAGUUUUAGCGAAGCCUCAUCAGCUUCCAUUGAUCAUUCCCCCGAACACCUCGAUUGCCAGGGCAAUUGCAUUGCCACCCCAUGCUGCAGAACAAGUCUUGCCAGUGCUCCGGGAACAAGAUCCUCCUUCAGGCAUAGGGGGGAACACCUUGUGUCUGCAGAGUGAAGAUGCGAUUGUUGUCUCGGGGCCAGGAGGUAAGACUGCAAUCAUUCGCCCAUUUGUUGUGCAAAGACCCAUCACAGUGUGGGGAAGGGACAUUUUAGUGCAAUGGGGCGUGAGGUUGGAAGUGGAUUUUUAGUGGGGGCCACUGUGACACUCACCACUUUGAAAUUGAC